AUGCUCUCGGCUCCGUUUGCCACCCUCGUGCCUUGCCUGCCCAGGCAGGUUCGGAAGCACGCCGUGCUGCCGGACAGCCGAUGGAACUGCCAGCGCAAUGCUGUCCUGGGGGCUUUGUUGGCUCUGCCCAUUGCUGUCUUGUCGGGACAAGAUAUGAUCUUGACCACAACUUCUACUAACUCUGAAGUGGACCUUGACAAAGCCAAGUCUAAUGAGAACAAAACACAGGGUAAGGCAUGUCCUCAUGAAAAACAGCCAGAAGAAGAGAUACCAAAAGAACCAAUGGGACCAGGACCAUAUUUUUACAUCAGUGGAUCCAACGGAGCUGAGCUUGUGAGCAUCUAUUGCCAGAACAGAGGCUGGCAGCGUAUCUAUGACAACAGAAGAGAGGAUUAUGCACUGAAAUGGUGUGAAAUCAAGUGCCGAGAGACCUAUUACCAUUUCAAAGAAGGUGAACAGCUUCUCUAUCAGAUUCCCAACAAUGGAGUCCUCACCAGUAAGAUAGGGCUUUUAUGCUGCCUGAGAGAGCAAGAGCGGGUGAUGAAAAAGAUCAGCAGGAGCUCUAAUUCCAAGUUACUGAAGAUGGAAGAAUUCUUCCCACAAUCUUUUCGCCUGGACUUAAAAGAUGAGAGAAACGCCUUUUUUGAGCUUUACAAAGAAGAACAGAUUUGGAUCUGCAAACCAAGUUGCUCUAACCAAGGUCGAGGAAUUUUCCUGCUUAAAAAUCCAGCUGCUGUCAACACCCUUCAAGCCGAGCUCCACAGCACUGAGGAAUACCGACUCAGUAAGAAGGUGCUACACAAGGUUCCCCAGGCAAGAAUCGUGCAAAGGUAUAUUCACCAGCCUCUGCUCCUGGAAGGGAAGAAGUUCGAUGUCCGCUCUUACCUCCUCAUCGCCUGCACUGCACCGUACGUGUUGCUCUUUGCCCAGGGUUACGUCCGGUUGACCUGUGUCAAUUACGACGCGGCUUCUGAUGAUCUGACGGUUCAUCUGACCAACCAGUACAUGCAGAAGAAGAACUCCCUGUACAGCCAGCUGAAAGAUGAGACAGUUUGGUGGAUGGAGCACUUCAACAGCUACGUUAAUGAGAAGUUCAGAAAAACCAAUGGCCUCCCCAAAGACUGGGUUUUCACUGUGUUUACUAAAAGGAUGCAGCAGAUCAUGUUGCAGUGCUUCCUGGCAGCCAAGUACAAACUGGAUCGCAAACUGGGCUACUUUGAUCUUAUCGGCUGUGACUUUUUAAUCGACGAAAACUUUAAGGUCUGGCUUCUGGAGAUGAACGCAAACCCAGCACUGCACACCAACUGCAAAGUCUUGCAAGAUGUCAUCCCAGCUGUGGUCUAUGAGAGUCUUGACUUGGUUCUCGAGGUUUUCAACAAGCGCCUCAAAGGCCAGAGCGUUUUGCCUUUAGAGACACGCUGCCAUUUUGUGCUUCUCUACCAUGAGGAUGCUGCAGACCUUGGCCAGAAACCACCCUGGAAGCCCAGAGCUGGCCUGCGUACAGGCCAAUAUCUGCGGCCACACAGAGGCAGUACCAGCGACCACGCAUCACUUGGAAGCAAGCAUCCGAGGACGGGGGAGCUGGUGACCAGGCAUGGGAUGCUGCAGCCUCAGCGCCAGGCAGGCUGGCUCUGCAGGAGCAGGCCAGGAGGAGGUGGAGCUGCUGAAGACAGCCAGGACCAGGACUCUGAGGAAAGACUGUUGAUCCUGUUUCCAGAAGACUUGCUUUUCCUCUCUGUGGAUAAGGACAGAACUGCGUUCACAUACAAGGGAAAACUCCCCCUAACUGGAAUCCAGGCAAAGGAGAAAUCUGCUAUGCUGGGGAGGCUACAGUUUGAAGUUACAGGAAGCCUGACAGAACCACUCCUUAUUACCUGUUCCACGGCAGAGGAUUAUGAAAAAUGCCUCUUCUACCUACAGAAGCCAGCAACAGGCAAACCCUGUGAAAAGCUGUCACAGCCGUGCUCCAGGUCCAGGCGCAGGCAGCCUGCCUCCGCGGAGCAGAAGGGGUGUGGGGAUGUCAGUCAGCCUCCAGGACAGACAGACCCCACCACCAAAUCCAACCCCAAGGCAUCCCCCGAGAGCUGCGUCUCUUACGGCCAAAGAGGGAUGCUGCCAGCAGAGCUCCACGCCAUGGGGACAGACACAGCCACCUCUGGGCUCGGCAGCCAUGACGGAGCAAUCCACAUCCUCACCUCUCGGAUGGAUCCAUGCCUGUGA